GGCUGGAAGAGACAAGACAGCCGUGUCGGUGCCAAGGAGGAGGAAGGCGUAGACUUCCUCUUGACAUUUCCUUCACUUUCAUACUAACCAAGUUUGGUGCAAGCUUUGCUCCUAAACCAGGAUAUUAUUUUUCCUUGCUUUGUGUUUUUACCUUCAACAGCAGAGAAGAUUUCUCUUUUUUUGUCCCUAAAACAUCUUAACUUCUGCAGACAUGGACUGGGGAACGGAUCUUUGGGACCAGAAUGAUGUCAUCGACAAGCACACUCAGUCUGGCCUUGACCUGCUGGAGCGUUACAUCAAGUUUGUAAAGGAGCGGACGGAGAUAGAACAGAGCUACGCCAAGCAGCUCAGGUCCCUGACAAAGAAGUACUCCAAAAGGGGAAACAAAGAAGAGCAGGAGUGCAAAUUCAGCAAUCAUGCAUCCUUCCAGGAGAUCCUGAAUGAGCUGAAUGAUUACGCAGGGCAACGGGAGAUCAUUGCAGAAAAUAUGACGGCCAAAAUCUAUGAAAAACUUACCAAAGACCUGCAAGACUUCAAACAGGAACGCAAAACGCACCUGUCUGAUGCCAAGAAGGCCCAGCAGAAUCUAGAAAGCAGCUUUAAACACCUAGAAAGUAUUAAAAAGCGCUUUGCCAAGGAGUGGGCGGAGGCGGACAAAGCAACACAGCAAGCUGAGAGGACGGAGAGCGACAAUAAUGCCACCAAACCCGAAGUUGAUAAGGCGAAGAACCACGCCCUCGCUCGCACGCGUACAGCAGAAGAGUGCAGGAACAGCUACGCAGCAGAACUCCAGAAAUACAACAAAGAGCAGAAACACUUCUACUACUCAGAGAUCCCACAGAUCUUCAAUAAACUCCAAGACAUGGACGAGCGCAGGAUCCGGCAGCUGGCGGAGGGUUACUGCCUGUUUUCACACAUCGAAAAGAACGUCCUGCCAAUCAUCUCCAGAUGUCUUGAAGGAAUUGCCGCUGCAGGGACGAAAAUUGAUGAGAAAAAGGACUCAAAACUUCUAAUUGACCAACACAGGUCUGGCUUUGAAAGACCCGCAGACGUGGAGUUUGAGGACUACUCCCAGGGCGUCAAACCAGCAAACCCAGAUUCUGGCCUCAACCCUCUGAAAGUGCACAAGCGCAAGUUCUUCAAGAAACACAAGAUAAUAAAUGCUGAAAAGCACACGGUUCCUUCUCAGGAGGAUUUCUCCCACCUUCCUCCAGAGCAGAGGAAGAAGAAGCUGCAGGCGAAGAUCGAAGAUAUCGGCAAAGAACUGACCAAGGAACAGGACCAGAGCGAGGCACUGGACAAGAUGAGGGGCGUGUAUGAGCAGAAUCCACAAAUGGGCGACCCCUCAAGUCUGGAGCCCCAAAUCACGCAAACGAGUCAGAACAUUGGUCGCCUGAGGGGGGAGCUUACUAAAUAUGAGACGUGGUUAUCGGAGGCAGUGGGAGGAGAGGACUCUUCAUACAACACCAACAAUAACACUCAGUUAGGCAUAAGCGCUCAUCAGAAUUCGUCGUCAAACAUCUACUCAGAGUUUGAUGAUGAGUUCGAAGACAUCGAAAGUCCUGUUGGCCAAUGCACAGCUCUCUACACCUUUGCAGGCAACAGCGAGGGCACCAUUUCCAUUACGGAAGGAGAGCAACUGAGUAUCAUGGAGGAGGAUAAAGGAGACGGAUGGACGAGAGUCCUUAGAGCCAGUGGAGAGGAGGGCUACAUACCAACAUCCUAUGUUAGACUCACACCUUAAACUCCAUCACAGUUUGUUUUGGAAGGUUCAAGAGCCAGAGGUCAACACAAAGUCACACAAGAUGGUUACAGCUGCUCUCGACUUGUGUUUUAUCUGCCAGAGAUGGUUACAGUGAGCUGAAUAUGAGUGGGUUUUAAGGCUGAUUGCAGUACAGUACAUUCUGCAUCUCAGCGCUCUGUGGCAUGAAAUGCCGCCUCCAUAUGCUAGUUAUCAGUCUGGUGAGAUCCUUAUCAAUUUUUGUGCAUUUAAAACUUAGAAAAAACAGAUCUCCCGAAUGUUCACCUUAUCUUUGCCUCAGUCUGAUGACAAAAGAGAUGUUGUAUAGUGCCUCGUUAAAGUAUCCACACCCCGUGGAUUUUCUCACACCUUGUUAGGUCAACACCACACACUUUAAAGUAAUUUUUUGUAAGGUUUUAUGUGGUAGACGAACACAAAGGAGUGCAUGAUUUUAAGAAUGAAUGAAAAAUGAUACAUUUUUAUUUUUUUUACAAAUAAAAAUGUGAAAGUGUGGCCUGCAUUUGUAUUCAACCCCUUUUAUGUCAAAACCCUUAUAUUAAGUGCAUCUAAUUGCCUCCAGAAGACAAGUAUUUACUAAACAGAGCGAAACUAUAUACAAUUUAAUCUCAGUAUAUGUUCUGUGAGGACAUCAGACGUUUGUUAGAGAACAUUUAAAAACAUAAAAUAAUAAGAUAAGAUAGGCUUUAUUGAUCUCACAUUGGAGAAAUUCACGUCAUGUCGGUUCAGAAUCAGUGAUCAUAGGAAGAGGGUGUCAAGUAGGACGAGGUGCAUCAUAUAUAUAUACAAUGACCUAGGUUUUGAAAACCUGAUGGAUCUCUGAUCAAUUCAUGAUCUAUAAAGAGAAAGAAAGAGUAUGGCACAACUGCUAACCUACCAGUCUGCCUAAACUGAGAGACCUGGGCGAUGAAAGCAUUAAUCAGAGAAGAACCCAAGAGGUCCGUGGUUACUGGAGGAGCUGCAGAGAUCCACUGUUUAGGUUGGAAAACUUUUAGAUGGCACAAAUAUUAGUUGUUAUUCAUAAGGUUAACAUAUAUGGGAGAGUGGAAAGAAAAAAAUAUAUUGCAGAAAAAGUGUCACAGGAAGUCCUUCCUGUGGUUUGCAGCACACAUGUAGGCGAAAAAA